GGUCCGCUUGUGCCUCUGCACUUCCUCGAGGGCCCCCGGGGGGCUGCGGACGGCAGCAGCAUGUCGAGCGAGUCCAGUGCGUCAACGGCCUCACCCAGGCCCCAGCGUCCCGGGACCCAGAAGACGGCCGGUGCCGCGACCAAGAAAGGCGAGCGCGCCGGCAAGGAGAAGCCGGCGGCCGCCCUGCCGCCAGUGGGCGAGGACGAGCCCAAAAACCCGGAGGAGUACCAGUGCACCGGGGUGUUGGAGACAGACUUCGCUGAGCUCUGCACGCGCUCGGGCUACGUGGACUUCCCCAAAGUGGUCACCCGGCCUCGUCCCCAUCCGAACUUCGUCCCCUCCUCCUCCACGUCCGAAAAACCCGCGCUAGACGACCAGCGGCUGUCGGCGUCCUGCAGCCUCACCAGCCUGGAGAGCAAGUAUGGGUUCUUCCGGCCCACCAUCCAGGUGGAGCUGGAGCAGGAGGACAGUAAAGCCGUGAAGGAGAUCUACAUUCGCGGUUGGAAGGUGGAGGACCGGAUUCUGGGCAUCUUUGCUAAAUGCCUGCCCUCCCUCAGCCAGCUACAGGCCAUCAACCUGUGGAAGGUGGGCAUUACUGACAAGACCCUGACCACAUUCAUCGCCUUACUUCCUCUCUGUUCGCCCACGCUCAGGAAGGUGUCUCUGGAGGGGAACCCGCUGCCAGAGCAGUCCUACCACAAGCUCAUGGGGCUGGACAGCACGAUCACGCACCUAUCCCUGCGGAACAACAAAAUCGACGACCACGGAGCACACCUGCUGGGCCAGGCGCUGUCCACGCUGCACAGCUGCAACCGGACUCUUGUCUCGCUCAACCUGAGUUUUAACCACAUCAGUGAUGAGGGCGCGGGCUACAUCGCCGAUGGCCUGCGGCUGAACCGCUCCCUGCUCUGGCUGUCCCUGGCCCACAACCGCAUCCAGGACAAGGGCGCCCUGAAGCUGGCCGAGGUCCUGCGCCCCUUCGAGCUGACGCACACGGAGGUGGUGGAGCGCCGGCGCCUCCUCCUGGAGAAAGGGUCGCAAGAACGAUCGCGAUCGCCCUCCUCCUCUCGGCAUGGGGAGUCCAAAAUGGACCGUGAGAAGUCUCAGAUGACAGGUGUCAGCAACAUUGCGCUGGUGGACAAGCCCGAGAAGACACAGGCGACCAAGACCCCCAAGGGACUGGGCAAGAAAAAGGAGAAGCCGGGGGAAGUGGUCAAGAAAGAAGAGAAGUUGGGAUCUGGACAGUCACCAACACAGGGAACCCCUAAGAAAGAAGAUGCCACAAAGUCAGGCAAGGGGAAGGUAACCAUCCCUGACCAGAAGUCAACCAAGGGGAAAGGGACCAAGUCUGGGAGCAAGGAGAAGCGCAGCAUCCUCCUGGAGUCGGAGCAGUUGGUUGCCGAAGCUGCUGAGAUGGUCAACCCUCUCCUGGAGCCCGUGGAGCAUCGAGAUGGGAAAGUUUUCAUGCCUGGCAACAGGGUCCUCCUGCACCUCAACCUCCUCCGGAACCGCAUCACAGAGGUGGGCCUGGAGGGCUUCCUCUCAGCCGUGCGGUACCAGGUGCAAUUCUCCAAGCCUAAGAAUUCCUCUAAGGGCCCAAUGGGGCUGCUGUGGCUAUCCCUGGCGAAAAACUGCUUUGCCCCACAGUGUCCCACGUAUACCACGAUCCAGGAGCUGAUGUUGCCAAGGGACCCCAUCAAGGCCAAGAUCAGAGAGGAAGAGUUCCCGGCUUUCCCCUCCUAG